AUGCCAAGCAGUGAGGAGUCACGACGGAGGGAGCGUCCAGGGGCAGGCGUGGGCAGCAGCCUCCUUGCAGCGCUGGGCACCCCCUUACCUGUGGCUUUUUUUCUGGGCACCUGGGUGUCCUUCAGAACAAAGCGCUGCUGCGCCCAGCAGCCCCAGGUGACCAAUUGCAGAACGGGUGCCGACAAAGGGAACGAGGGGUUCUGCCGCAAAGGCACCCUGGAUACGUGCCGGGAGCAGGUUGCCGGGUGUUAUGGAGCCAAACAAUUUUCCCUGAGCCUCCAUGCUCUGGAUUUGCUCACCGGCCUCCCUGCCACAGGGCUGGACUUGCGCUUGGCUCAGUUUCAGCAGCCCAGAAAAAUAUGGAAAGAGAUCAUGAGGAGCACGACGAACAAAGAAGGGCGCUUGGACAAGAGAAUCCCGGCACUCGGGCGGCUGACAGCCGGCACCUACAAGCUGCGCUUUGACACGGGAAAGUACUGGCAGCAACAGGGCCGCACCAGCUUCUACCCUUAUGUGGACGUUGUCUUCACAGUCACAGGGGCAGAAAGCAAAGUGCACAUCCCGCUGCUGACCAGCCCCUAUUCCUACACGACCUACAGGGGGAACUAGUGGAAGAGACGGGGCGGCAUCAGCGGG